CAUUUUGCGCCAACCUCUGGACCGCCUCGGGACUCGAGAAAUACCAAGUACCGAGAGAUACAGAGGCUGUUAUCGGCACAAAGAGAAGCGAAAGAUAAAUAGGUGAGAGAGAACGGAUAGAGGGAAGCCGAUUGGGAUAGGACAGAGCAGUACAAGUGUGAAACAUUGAUAUGAUAGAUAUAUAUAGACAAGGAGAGAGAGUGGAAUGGGAAUGACAGUGAGAAAGAACGUGUGAAAAAGUGAUUGUGUGAAUUCGAUAAGAACUAUGAUUGGUGAAUGAAAAAAGGACGAAUAAAAAGAAUAUGAACGAAUAAGAAAAGAAUGAAGAAGCAGCGAGUAACUAGAGAAAAAAAAAUAUGAAAAGUUAGUGAAAGUUUAAAAGAAAGGGAGGGUUAGUUGAGACGAUAAGAGGGACGUAUCCAACAGAAAAACCGAAAGGAGGUUAGUAGAGGGUGAUAGCGAGUGAUGCGAAAGGGUAGAGGAAGGGGUAAGGAAAGGAAUAAGUGUGCGGAGGAGGUGAGUGACGCGCAGCAUCCGAGACUUCGGUUUGGAGAAUAUCCUCGACGAGCAUCGUGUCAAGAUUGAACAGUGCUCAUGAACGAAUCUGUCUGUACGGUGGUGAAAAAAGUGUGCCCUUUUAGGAGCCAGAUCAGUGCCGGGAAGGAGAGGCAUUGACUCUUGGUUCAAGACAAGAUCUCCUUGACAAUGUCUGCGGAUCCUGUCGACGAGUUUUCCGCCAAUGUGGUUCCAUCCUUUCAAUGCAACGUAGAACAAAGCAUUAAAGGAGAAAAUCAAGAUGAUUUUAAUUACAGUUUUUGGCAACUCGAUGUCAAGAUGCAAGCAUCUAUCGAGAUGACAUAUUCUUUUACCUGCUGACAUAAUUUUGAAGAAUACAUCACAGGAUGUGGUUGCAGCAGAUCUUUAUUCUGCUGCAGAUGAUUCAUCUAAUUGUUUGGGCCAGUCUUGAAAACACAGGAAUAUCUGAUAGAUUGGAAAAUGUGACGCAAACAAUAUCACGAAUCCUUGAUGGUUACGAUAUUCGAUUAAGGCCAAAUUUCGGCGGAGAACCCCUGUUAGUUGGAAUGGAUCUUACUAUCGCGAGCUUCGAUGCAAUCUCGGAAGUAAACAUGGAUUACACGAUAACAAUGUAUUUAAAUCAAUAUUGGAAAGACGAAAGAUUGGCAUUUUCUCAAGAAGAAGAAGUUCUUACUCUUAGUGGAGAUUUUGCGGAAAAGAUUUGGGUUCCAGAUACUUUUUUUGCCAAUGACAAAAAUAGUUUCUUACACGAUGUGACCGAGCGUAAUAAACUCGUUCGAUUGUCCGGAGACGGAUCUGUCACUUAUGGCAUGAGAUUCACGACGACCCUGGCCUGCAUGAUGGAUCUGCACUACUAUCCGCUCGAUUCGCAGAACUGCACCGUAGAAAUCGAGAGUUAUGGAUACACGGUGUUGGAUGUGGUAAUGUAUUGGAAAGAGACUCCAGUCCGUGGUGUCGAGGAAGCGGAACUGCCACAAUUUACGAUAAUCGGUUACGAAACGAAUGAUCGUAAAGAGAAGCUGGCCACUGGCAUAUACCAGAGAUUAUCAUUGAGCUUCAAACUUCAAAGAAACAUCGGAUACUUCGUUUUCCAGACUUAUUUACCUAGUAUUUUGAUCGUAAUGUUAAGUUGGGUCAGUUUUUGGAUAAAUCACGAAGCAACCAGCGCCAGAGUAGCACUCGGUAUAACAACAGUCCUUACAAUGACCACAAUUUCAACAGGUGUCCGUAGCUCACUGCCACGUAUUAGCUAUGUGAAAGCUAUCGACAUUUACUUAGUAAUGUGUUUCGUUUUUGUGUUUGCCGCUCUUUUGGAAUAUGCAGCGGUCAAUUAUACUUAUUGGGGUGCCAGAGCUAAAAAGAAAUCGAAAAAGAAAGAAUCUGAUGACAAAAAAGUGAUUUCCUCGAAGUCUGGAAGCAAAGCAAAUUCUCCUUUUCCUGGUUCAACGGAAGCGGAUAUAAUAGAGCUUCAAGAUCUCAGGAUGUCUCCGUUACCAAGUAUAAGAAACAGAUCAGGUCUAGUUAGUGGCAGUUCGACGCCUGGAACCGGAAGAGAACAUGAUCCGGCCAAGUUUCCCCCUAGCUUUCGAAUUUCCAGAGUUGCGGCCUACAAUACUUAUGGGAGAAACGCUGGUCUCAGAUACAGAGGACCUAAGCAAAAUAAGCCUAAGGUACUACAUGCAAUACGAAGAGGAGCAUCUGUAUUGCGUGUAUCAAUGCCUAAAAUAAAAGAUGUGAAUAUUAUCGACAAAUAUUCGAGGAUUAUAUUUCCAGUCAGUUUUAUGUUAUUCAACGCCAUCUAUUGGAUAUUUUAUGUCCUCUGAAUCUUUAAUCAUUAGAGCAAUCUGCCGAAAGAUAAAAAAGGACCAAUUGAUAAUCGAGAAUUUAUAAAAAUUUCAAUAAAAAAAAAUCAAUUUUAUUUGAACAUGAAUUAAAUCAAAUUUCGAAAUUAUAUUUCGAAUAAAAUUAUUCAUCAGAAUUUAAAUUGAAAUUUGAAAAAUUGAAAUUCUCGAUCGAAGGGAGCAGGCAUCGAAAGUACUGAAUCGAAAGCUGCCAAUAUUUAUCGACGAGAAAAUAAUUUCAAGAUAUAUCGAUUUUAUCUUGAAAUGUAAUGAUAUUUUAAGGGAUACGUUCCUAUUCGAUAUUUCACCAAUUCGAAUAGAUAGUGUGCAAUGUGCAAGAAUUUAUCAUAUAAAAAAUUUUAAAAUAGUAUUGACAUGUAUAUUCAUUAAGAAAAUUUUUUUUAUAUAUCACUUAUUAAUAAAACAAUUAACUAUUCAUUAAAACCGAUUAAGAUUGCAAUGAAAAUCAGUUAAAAUCGCCUUUUGAAAGUAAACAAAUCGUUAAUUUCCAUAAUUGUUGUUAAUAUCGUUAUAUUUGAUGAUAUUUUUAAUCAAAUUGAAAAAAGUUAUUAAAAAACAAAGAUCAUUGAAAAAGAGAUCUUAAAUUUUAGGAACAUAUAUCAUUAAUUAGAAUAGUUUUCGACUAAAACUUCUAUCAUUAAAGUAGCUAAAGAUAAUAUCACCGUUAUAUUUCCAUAUGAAUUAUCUUACAAAUGAUGUUAAAUACAUAUUGUCAUACAGCACGAUAUAGCAUAAUAAAGUUGUUUUCAAAAUUUUUACUUUCGAUAAAAUAUAUAAAAUAAAUAAUUGCAACAAUUAUAUAUCUUUUUAUUUAAAUAUCAACAUUUUUUAAUGUUAUAAGAAAAAAUUAAUAAUUUCCAUAAUGUAUAUCUACAUUACAAUGUAAUAUGUAUAUAUACAUCAUUUAAUUAUUGUCAAUUAUUUCACAUAAAAAGUAGAUAGAAAUUUAAUUCAAUUUUUUGUUUGUUCUAUAAUGUAUUUUAUUAAUUUGAAAAAAUGAAGUUUUCUAUUUUAUCGACAUUUAUUACUAAAUUUGAUCCUACAAACUGUCAUAAAUUAUCACUUUUUAUUCUCUACUUAUUCUUUAUUUUUUUAUAAAUAAUUAUAAUUAAUUAAUUUAUAUUAUAAUUAAUUAAUUGAUAAAUAAAAAAUUCUUCAUUUUAUAAAUAUAAUGCAUACAUUGCAUAUAUAUUUUUUAAUAUAAAACAAGACAUAUUUCAUAAUUAUAAAUGGAAAAUCAAGAAAAAAGAACGAAAUAAAAAAAGAAUUUUCAUCAUUAUUAUUAUCAUCAUUAUCCAAAACUUGAUAAAUUGUUUGAAUGUUGAUUUAAAUAAUAAGAAAAACAGAGGAAAACUAAUAAUCUAGUAAUCAAGUGUAAGUACGCGUGUGAGAAAAGAAAAAAUCUUUUUCUAGAAAAUAUUUUUCUGAGAGAUUCAAAAUGCGAUCCAUAUAGAUUGCGAUUAUAACUUUAAUUAUUUUAAUAUAAAUCGUAUCUGUAAUUUUAAAAACAAUUAAAUUUAGCUUAACUUAAACAAA